AUGGAUUUUCAACAAACAGCUGUCAAAAUUCCUUGUUGUAUAUGUGGAAUAAUGAUUGAACCAAAUCCUAAUAAUAUGUGUGUUGAAUGCUUCAGGAGGCGUCUAAAUCAAAAGGAAGGCGUUCCUGAACAAUUAGAGAUAAAUUAUUGCAGAGACUGUGGUAGAUACCAAGAAUCUCUGACGCAUUGGGUUAAUGCUGAACUUGAGUCGAAAGAAUUACUUCAAAUUUGCAUUAAAAAAUUUUCACCAAAUCUCAAAAUCAGAGACGCUAAGUUUCUUUGGACAGAACCUCACUCCAAAAGAUUACGUGUUCAAGUUACUGUAGAUCGCGAAGAUUUUAGUGGAACAAUUCUUCGCCAAUCUACAAUUGUCACUUAUAUUGUUAAAACAGUUCAAUGUAAAACAUGCCAAGAGCUAGCUACACAUAGAGAUCAUUGGAAAGCAAUUGUUCAAUUACGUCAGCAUUCUGAUUCUAAGCGUUCAAUGUUUUGGAUUGAACAAAUGAUUAUAAACAACGAAGCCGCAAAAGAAACCUCUGCGAUAGAAAGACGUCCUGAUGGAUUAGAUUUCCAAUUUAACGAUAAUAGCGAUGCAAAGAAAUUCAUUUCAUUUAUCAAAUCAAUUAUUCCAGUUUCCGUUAAGAACUCCGAUACAGUUAAAGGACAAGACUUAGUUAAUAUGUCUUAUGAUAUUAGAUACUCAUAUUCUCUUACGAUUCCUUCGAUAUCAAGAGAAGAUUUAGUUUUACUUCCUAAGAAGAUAUUCGAAUCCACAGGUAGACAAUCGCGCUUAUGUCUUGUCUCAAAGAUGGGCAGGCAAAUUCAUUUUGUCAAUCCCCUUACUGGCCAUAAUUUUGUUCUUGACUCCAAGUCGAUAUUUUCCAACUCAAUCGAUCCUCUUAUCUCUCAUGAUCGUCUUACGAGGUUUGUUGUCCUCUCAAAAGACGAAAUUUCCAAAAAUGGUGAUUUCACAUUGGCCGAUUUUGAACUUACAGACGAAGAAACAUACGGAGACAGAAUAGUUGUUCGAAGCCAUCUAGGAAAUACCAUUGAAAUCGGCAACGUUGUCAAUUGCUACGAUCUUCGUUCGGAAAGCUUCACAGACGAGGCUGAGAAACAGAUUAAGAAGAUUGAUUUCGAGAGAGUCAUCAUUGUCAACAAAGCGAGAGACGAAAAGAAGAAUUCUCGUAAUAAAAAAGUUCUUACUCUCGCUCCAACAACAAAAGAAGACGACAGAGCACUUGAACAGUUUCUGGAUGAAAUGGAAGAUGAUCCACAGUUGGUUAGUAAGAUUAAUACAGUAGAAAAUGAUGAUUAA